AUGGAAACAAGCAUCAAAAGCAACAUAAAAAAUACUGAGGUUAAUGAAAAUGAAAAAAGUAGCAAGGAAGAGAAUAAGGUAAAUAUGGAAGGCUUUCGUUUUUUCGCAAAUACAUGUGAAGAAAAAUUAAAAGUCUUUUUAGAGAAUUUUUUUUGUAAUAAAAGCCGCGAAGAGUUACACUAUGUAGAAGAAAAACAGGACAAGCUAAACCAUGGAACUGCUUAUGAUAAUAGUAGUAGUAGCAAAAAUAAUAGUAACAGUUUUCUUGACAGUAACGAUAUUUGUGCAGAUAAUGACUCUUCAAAAGAAAAUGAAGACAACAAUUUUGAAAAAAAUAAACUUAGUAAAAGCAACUACGAUAAAAUAGCUAUCAAUUUGGCGGAUGAGGUCGAACAAUUUAUGAAGUCCUUCGUCAAUGAAAGGUACAAAAUUGUUGUGCAGGCGAUUAUUGGGGAAAACAAAAAACAGGGGGUACACAUUGCUUCCAAAUCGCUCUGGAAUGUUGAAACGGACAAUUACAUUUCCGCAAAAUAUAUCAACGAUUUCAUUUUUGUUACAAUUAUGGUCUUUCUUCUUUAUAACGAGUAA